AUGCCCUUCGGUCACCUGAAGUUCAAGGAGUUGGGCGAGGAGGAGCCCACCUGGGAGGAGGAGAGCCUGGACAGCGUGAAGGCGCUGACGGCCAAGCUGAAGCUGCAGACGAGGAGACCAUCCUACCUGGAGCGGGAAGCCCGGCGCCGGCGUCACGGCUCUGUCAGGGUCCUGCCUGCUCUGCUGGUGGCACAGCUGUGGCACAGCCACGGUGGCGUUUGCGGGAGAUGCAGGCUGCGGCAGGCUUGCCACCAGCACAAGGAGAUGCUGGAUGACGCUACCUUCGGCCUCGAGGGCUGCGAGGAAGACUCGGACCUGCUCUGCAACAUCCCUCCCAAGGCCGCCUUCCUGCUCUCCAUGCCGCUCAAGCACAUCGGCGUCACCCGUAUGAACAUCAACUCCCGACGGUUCUCCCUUUGCUGA